AUGCAAAGGAAUAAUGGCAUGCCUGCUUGUGCAUCAUGCAAGCAUCAAAGAAAGAAGUGCACCGAUGAUUGUACAUUAGCAAAUUUUUUUCCGGUGAAUAAAACUCGAGAAUUUGAGGCCGUCCACAAGGUGUUUGGAGUGAGCAAUUUAACAAAAAUGGUGAAGAAUGUCAAGGAAGAAGAUCGGAAACGUGCAUCAGAUUCACUCAUAUGGGAAGCUUUAUGCCGGCAAAAAGAUCCCGUGCUCGGUUCGUUCGGUGAGUACAUGAAGCUUUAUGAGGAACUUAAACUGUAUAAAAGCCAAUGUCAAGUGCCACUACUAGAGGGUCUGGCGCACAAAUCAGCACCAGAUUUUAUUGGAUGGAAUAAUAAUGGUAAGAUGGAUUUUGGUGGAGUGGUUAAUACGGAUGCUUAUAAUUAUAUUCAUGAUAAUGGGAAUUCUUUGGUAGAUUCAUGCCAACAUGGUUUUGCGGAGAAACUAAGGCAAGUGAGAGAAAAUGGUUCUCUUGGUAUUCUGCCUCAGCAGCAAUCUGUUAUUGAUUUCAACCAACAAUACUAUCUUUGA